AUGUCUAUCUCAGACGAAUACGAUGAAGAGGUCCCAAUCCUCAUCAUUGGAGGUGGUCCUUCUGGUCUCCUUCUGGCAUACAUGCUAGAUCAGCUUGGAAUUCGAUCCCUCAUUGCAGAAAGAUAUGCAACAAGACUCGCAGCCCCAAAAGCCCACGCACUAUCUCCACGGUCUCUCGAACUAUGUCGUCAGUUCGGAUUAGAUGUCAACGAAAUACGCAAAGUCGGGACCUGUCGCAGUGAUGCAUUCUGGGUGAAUUUCAUUACUAGUCUAGCGGGGGAGCAUGUGGGCAAAUUGCCUUAUGAGCGGAUGGACCCUGAGGUCUUGGAUGAUACGCCUACAAUGAUCCAUAAUAUCCCACAGCCGAACUUUGAGCAACUAAUUGCCAAUAAGUUGGCUAAUAGCAGCAAUGUCGAGAUUCGCAAGAACCACACUUUCGUCGGUGUUGAACAGUUCAGUGAAUUUGUUAUCACAACGAUCGAAGACCGCUCCACCAAGAAAACCUACAGAGUCAAGUCUAAGCACAUGGUUGCUUGCGACGGUGCCAAAAGCGCGGUCCGAAGCCACUUGGGAGUUGAGACAGAGGGAGAAGAUUCAUAUGAGACAAUGAUGACGAUUCACUUCAAUGCGGAUCUCCGUCCCAUCGUUAAAGAGAAUGUCGGCAUGCUUCACUGGGUCAUGGAUCCUUUGGUAUCUGGAUUCAUCAUUGGAUAUGAUUUGUCUGGAAAUCAGGUUCUGAUAUGCAAUUUCGAUUCUAAGAAAUACCCAGUCGAAUCCUGGAACGAGCAACAUUGCCGCAAGGUAGUCGAUGCAGCUAUCGGCACCAAGGCCAAAUACGAUGUCCUCAGUUUUCGACCUUGGAUACUGAGCAGAAAAGUUGCCAAUACCUACCGAGUCGGCCGCGUCUUUUUAGCCGGCGACGCAGCACACUCCUUUCCACCAACAGGCGGUCUAGGCCUAAAUUCCGGCCUUGGAGACGUCCACAACCUCGCUUACAAAUUGUCCUUCGUUCACAAGGGCUUCGCCGGCUCGGGGCUAUUAGACUCCUACACUCUUGACAGACGACAAGUAGCCCUCGUCAACUCACAACAGAGCGUGAAGAACGGGAAAAAGAUAUUCAAUCUCCUCAAGACACUCGGCACCACGGACCCGGACGUUGAAGUUGCCCGUCAGAACCUACAUGCCAAUAUCAAAGAUGCCAAAGUCAUGAUUGAUAUCCAAGAAGGCAUCGAAGGCCAACGAGAACAUUUCGACAAUUUGGGACUGCAUAUUGGGUACGUUUAUGGCGACGAAAAGAUCCCAGAUAACGCGUCUAUCUACCAACCGGUCUGUAUUGCCGGUGCACGUUUACCGCAUGCAUGGAUUCAGAUCCCAAGCACAGCGGCAACGCAAACCCAUCUGCCGGCUAUUGACUCCUCGUACGUCGACGAACUCACGCCGGAACUCAUAGCUCAAAAACAGUUUUCGACACUAGACUUGUGCCGCUUUGAUUCUUUCACCGUUUUAGUUGGCGAGAACCAUGCCGAUAAAAUCAGGACCAUUGUAGGAGAAGCACUUGACCAGAUACCCUCUGACAUAUCUCUGCCCGUAGGAAUAGUUGUUCAAGGAGUUGACUUUGUGCUUGAGCAAGGAUAUGAGAAGAGAUGGAGCGAGUUGACAAAGUUGAAUGAGGGACAGGCUGUGUUGGUAAGGCCUGAUCAGCAUAUUUUGACUGUUUUUGGUCCUGAGGUUGAAUCGGGAGAUGUUGUGGAGGCGUUGAAGAGGCAUUUGAUGUGGUAA